GUCCUAAGCUCCUGUCGUAGUUUGUAGCUUGCAACUUGCCAAAAGGGUCCUUAAUUUGUAUGAGAAUUGCCAUGCAACUACAAUUUCGACUCUAACACACAAAUAUUCGCCAUGGCCGAGAAAUAUUGCGUUGAGAAUCUUGCGGUUUCGGUGCUUGACAAUCUUCGGUAUCAACAUGAUUGGACUGAGCUACAAAUAUUGACUCAUUCCCCCGUGGAUGACUUACCUCUGCCGCGACCCCUAAUAUCUGGACUACCUCCCCGUCGACUCUAUUUACAUCCAGAUGAUCAGAUUGAAAUGCUUAAAUCCCACCCGAACCCGGAAGGGAGUAUUCCGGAGACACCUGUGACCGAAUGGGUACUACCAGUUCACCUGGCCGAAAAAUGGACACUGAAGGCAUUCGCAAGCGUUUUUGAUUCCAUGCCACCAGAGAACUCAGCUUCUCCGCAUCGUGUUAAAAGAGUACUACUCGCUACAGUACAUGAUGAUUCUACCGUCGUUUACUACUUCAUGCAUGAUGGUAUUGUCAAGCCUCGGCAGAACUAAAUUUAGGAGGAGCAGUUCUGUUCCGCUCGAGGGUCUGCAAUGACUCCAAACUGUCCUUCAGUCACGGCUUGAAAAUCACCUUUUGCACUUUCAUCUUAUCAAACAGAUCGUAUCCGGAUACGGCCAUAGAAAGGGGCAUGAUUUUCUCGAACAUGAACCUGCUAGGGAUUAGCCAGUGCCGAUAGCUUGUCGACUCAAGCUUCGUGGCAAAGAAGAGCUAACUUA